CGCCGCCAUGGCUGCUAAGGGCACCGCUACCCGGCGAAGAAGCGAAGCCUUUUUGAUUUGAAGGAGCCGUUUCUCAGAAGGGCGCGGAGCCGGGAGCGACGCGGAGGCUUCCCCGGGAUAAACCGCAUGGAGGGAGCGGGGAAAAGAGAAACGAAAGCGGGGUGGGCUCUGAAACGACUCUUUUGUGUCACGGAUGAGCAGAGUCGGUUCUGAUUACCAUCCUGUCGCAGCCGCCUUUCCUGCUGAACUGAGAUAAAUGGAGACCGGAGGCAGGAUGAUGCUUUUCUUUCGGAAAAGGAAGGCGAGCAGCGAAGCCCGGAAACGUCUGGAAUACCAAAUGUGUCUUGCCAAAGAAGCCGGAGCAGACGAUAUCCUUGAUAUCUCCAAAUGUGAACUUUCUGAGCUUCCCUACAGUGCCUUCACAACCUGCAGAGUUUUGCAGAAGAAGGUGCUGAUCGUUCACACGAAUUUUUUGACGUCCCUGGUGCCCAAAUCCUGCAGCCUCUCCAAUCUUGUAACAGUAAAGGUUUUAGAUCUCCAUGACAACCAACUGACUUCCCUUCCCGCCGAUAUCGGCCAGUUGAUUUCUCUUCAGGUUUUGAACGUGGAAAAGAACGUUUUAAAAACUCUUCCGGACUCCAUCGGGGACCUCGCUCAGCUUCAAACACUGAAUUUGAAAGGGAACAAGAUCAAGAAAUUGCCCUCCACUUUGGAAGGCCUGCGGAGUUUGCGAACGUUGGACGUCAGUGAAAAUUCGGUGCAGGAGUUGCCGCAGGCGCUGGCUCACCUCCGAACCUUGGAGACCUUGUCCCUGGACGCUACAGCAAUGCUCUACCCCCCAAGUGAGGUCUGCAGCGCAGGCACCGAGGCCAUCCAGAGGUUCCUCUGUGAAAAAGUGGGCAUGGAAUACAAACCUCCUUCUCAGUAUUUACUCCCUGUGUUGGAAAGCGACGGCGGAGAGAUAUCUGCGGACGGUAUUCGAAGGACACCUGGGAAAUACCUGGAGGAGGAAGCAGAGUGGCAGAACAGGUUUCUAGACUACGAGAAGCGAAAGGAGCAGAAGAUGCAGGAGAAACUGGCCUUUGAGCGUGGGCUGGACCUGGAGCAGAGAGAACAGGUCCAAUUGAUGCAUCAAAGUCACGUCCAGAAAGGAGAAUUUCUCCAAAGCAUGAAAGAGGAGCAGAUGAAACUGGACGAAGGCCUCACCCGCCACCAGCGACGCCUGGGAGCCGAGCGCCUGAAGUUGCUGGAGCAGCUGAAACAGAUGGAACAAGGGGUGGCCGGCAGGAUCCAGAAACUGCUGAAAGAUAAUCAAAGGCAGAAACAGAGUUCCGAGAUCUUAAAAUCCCUGGAGAAUGACAGGAUCCGGAUGGAGCAGUUGAUGGCCAUCACUCAAGAAGAAACGGAACAACUGAGGAGGAAAGAAGUAGCCGCGGCCAUGAAACAGAUGUUGUCUGAGACCUACAAGAACAAACUACUCCAGGGAGCCUACGAGUCUCGUCGCCAGGACCUUGUCAAUCAGACGUGCUGCAGCCUUGCCAAGAUGGAUGAGAAGUUCCAGCAGAUCCUGGCUUGGCAGCAGCUGGAUCAGAACAAAGCCAUCAGCCAGAUCCUUCAGGAGAGCGAGAUGCAGAAGGCGGCCUUCGAAGCCCUCCAGGUGAAGCGAGACCUCAUGCACUGCCAGAUCAGGAACCAGAUUAAGUUAAUAGAGAGAGAGUUACUGGAGCUCACCCAGUUGGAGUUAAAGAAGCAGCAGCUGGACACAGAGGCUCUGCAGGAAGCAAUCGGGGAGCAACGGCAAAUGCUGAGUUUCCUGCUGCAGCAGCUGCUGAAGGAGAAAAGGGAGCGCGAAGAGGAGCUGCAGGCCAUCUUGAAAGAACUGGAGGCCAAGAGCGAGACGAAGCAGGAGAACUACUGGCUCAUCCAGUACCAGCGGCUGCUGAACCAGAAACCGCUCUCUCUCCGGUUGCAGGAAGAAGGUCUGGAGAAGCAGCUGGUGAAACUCUUGACGGAGCUCUCGGCCGAGCAGUACCUCCCCGUCUUCGCCCAUCAUCGGAUAUCGCUCGGCGUGCUCAGCAGGAUGGUCCCUGGCGACCUAGCCCAGAUCGGAAUAACUGAAUCUGGCUUGCAACACGCCAUCGUCCAGAAAGCUCGGGAGAUACAAGCUGUCGCAGAAACAAUACCAGAACUGCUGAAGCCAGCCGACAAAACAGGGCCGUCCGCUCCGGAGUUUAGAGAAGAGUCCGCCAGCCCCGAAGUCCCAUCGGCUCCGCCAACAGAAGAACGCCACUGCGAGUGUGUCGUCUGCAUGGAGCUACAGGCCCAAGUCGUGUUUCUGAACUGCGGUCACGUCUGCUGUUGCCACAGCUGCUCCGAAGCCUUGCGCACCUGUCCGCUGUGCCGACAAGACAUCGUGCAACGGAUCCGGCUUUUCCACAGCGGCUAGCCUACUCAGGGAUGGGGAAAAAAGGGAAAGGGUUGUGUUUUUUCUUUUUUUUAUCCCCUCCUGGAGGAGAAACCAAGAGGGGAAAAGAAAAAAGAAAAAGAAACCCUGGAAUUCCAGCCUUCCUCAUUUCCGUUUUUUUGCACGUCUUGUUUGGUCCACGGCUGUAUUCUCGGAAUGGCUGCCUUGUGUUUCCGAGCACUCCCCUCUCCGGUAAUGCCGCACGCCAGACGAUGGGGUAGGAAGGAAGUGCGCGCCGCGCCUUUUGCACUAAAUAAUGUACGCCGGUGUUUUUUUUCCGCUCGCUGUUGUCCGCGGUGCAGGAGGAGCGCGAUUCGUUCGAAGCGUCCAGGCCAUUGGGAAGUAACUGAAGGGAUGCCCAAAAGGCAAGCGGGAUUUUCUUGGUUUGCUUCUUCGAAAGCGUUUCGCUUCUCCUCGUAAGAAGCUUCUUCCAGAGUCUUGGAUGAGAAGCGACAUGUUUUCAAGGAAAGGGAUU